CCCAGAGUUUACCCCGGGUAACACUACAAACAAAUCCCACAAUGCAUUACCACAUGUAAACAACCAUGUGUACUUUCGAUUUAAGGUUGGUUCAAUGAAAAGACAAUCUGGAAGAGGAAAAUGGAUCUUUUUAAAGAUAAAUUUCUUCUCACAAAAGAAUACUUUGAAAAGAAACCAGUAACUCCUGAGGAGGAAACUCUAACUCAGGUACUAAACCUCACACCGCUUGACAAGAAAGAGGAGGAAAAAGAAGAAGAAAAAAUAGUUCCUGGCCGGGAGCUCGGUCACGAGGCACUACAGGGGAAAAUCGUGGGACUAUAUUUUUCCGCCAGUUGGUGCCCACCGUGUCAGCAGUUUACACCUCUCUUAUGUAAUGUGUACGAUGAACUGCAAAACAGAAAAGCUAAUUUUGAAGUGGUCUUCUUAAGUUUUGAUAAAAAUGAGGAAGAUAUGGAAGUAUAUUUCCGACAGAGGCAUAGAAAUUGGUACGCGCUUCCCUUCGAUGACCCUUUCAGAGAUGAACUAAAAGCCAAGUACAACGUAACGGCGGUACCCAAAUUUAUCAUUAUUAAUAAAGACGGCGAAGUGAUUUCAUUAAAAGGCAGGAAAGAAGUUCAAGACAAAGGUGUCAUAGCUUUCCGAAACUGGUCACAGUCUGCAAGUAUAUACGAAGCAAAACAGUCUCAGAAUCAGACCACAAAUGAUAACAACAAUAACGCUGAUAAUGUGAAAGACGAAAACGAGGACGAAAACGAGGCUAUGACUUGAAAAACGUUAAUUUUCUGGCAAAGUCUGGCGAGCUUUGGUUUUUGUGAAACGUAGUUUAUGUUUGUUGUUGAUGCUGUUGCUAAAUAAGUUAGAACAUGAUUGUGCAGGCGGCAGUUACAUUUCUGCCAAACAUGUUGGCCACUGAUCAACAGUUAUGUAUUUUUAACGAUAUAGUGUCAUAUACCAGUUAGUUGUUUUUUCUAUUAAAGGUAAAGUAAUAAGACUAAAUGGGUGUACUACUACGCAUGCUUGCGGUGCUACAGAGUUGCCUUACUCGACUACGUGUAUCAACACAAAAUCAAUUGUUUACUGAUAUAUGAUUAUUUUAUUGUUAUUUGCAUUUUGAGUAAAUAUAAUUUUGCAACAUA